UGAUAUGAUAUAUAGAAUGUUGGGAGUCCACGAAGGAGUACAGAAGUGAUAAAAACAAAGAGCAAGGGAGAAGCAACGAGUGUGGUGGUGGGUUGGUCCACUUUGAUAUUUGUUUGGGAUGAUAUCCAGGAAUGAAAAGGAAAGAGGGAGUGGAAUAUUCUGAUGAUUUCUGUUGUGUUGUGUCACUCAAAUGUCUCACAUAAAUAGAAAUGGACUGGCUUGCUGGGUUAUCUAUGCAAAUGGAAGGAAGAAUUGGAAGUGAAGAAUGGAGACGGAAAGCAUAAAGGAGUUGAGGCAUCUGCUAGUGACGGUGUUCCUCACAGGGCUUGCCGGUUUCAUAGCCAUUCCGGCAAUUACCGACGUCACCAUCUCCGCCCUCUGCCCUUCCCACCCUCGCUGCUCUCUCGCCAUUUUCCUCUCCGGUUUCCAGCAAGCCGCGACUGGAGUUGGAGCCGUGGUGAUGACGCCGUUAAUAGGAAACUUAUCUGACGUGUAUGGGAGGAAAGCCUUGCUCACAGUUCCUCUAACGGUGUCGAUCUUUCCUCUAGUAAUACUGGCAUGUAGCAGAGAAACCAACUAUUUCUACGCAUAUUAUGCAGUUAGAACUGUUGCUGCUAUGGUGGGCGAGGGCAGCGUCCACUGCCUCACUCUUGCUUACGUGCAGGCAGACAAGAUUGAAGAGAGAAAACGAGCAUCUGCAUUCGGAAUCCUUGGUGGUGUUGGCUCAGCAGCAUUCGUCUGUGGAACCUUAGCUGCUCGUUUCCUUUCCACUGCUUUAACAUUUCAGGUUUCUGCAUUCCUGUCGAUGAUUGCGGUGGGGUACAUGAGAAUUUUUCUAAAGGAAAGCAUUCUUGAUAGUGGUACUGGUCUGAGACAGCCAAUGUUGGGCGAAAGCCAGGAGCCGCGUGCGAAGGAAGAGUGUGAGAUCAAUGAUUCAGCACACAAGACGAGUGGAAUAUUCAAGAGUCUUCCUUCAGUGAGGGAUUUGAUUUGUUUGCUCAAGUGUAGCCCCACGUUUUCCCAAGCAGCUUUGGUUAUGUUCUUCAAUAGCCUUGCAGAUGGGGGGUUGCAGACUUCAAUUCUGUACUACUUAAAGGCUCGUUUCCAAUUCAAUAAGGACCAAUUUGCUGAUUUGAUGCUAAUCAGUGGCAUUGGAGCAACUCUUGCACAAGUGCUUCUCAUGCCCAUAAUAAUGCCUGCUAUCGGAGAGGCAAAGCUGCUCUCAAUGGGUCUGUUUGUUCUAUGCUUAAGUAUCUUGGUUUACAGCAUAUCGUGGUCUCCAUGGGUUCCUUAUGCCAUAGCAGUGUCGUCUGUUUUUGGAGUUUUUGUUCGCCCAAGCAUAUGCAGCAUUGCAUCCAAACAAGUUGGACCCGGGGAACAGGGAAUGGUUCAAGGAUCUCUUUCAGGAAUUAGUUCCUUAGCCAACAUCAUUUCUCCAUUAAUUUUCAGUCCACUGACAGCCUUGUUCUUGUCGGAAAAAGCACCGUUCUAUUUUCCUGGCUUUAGUAUAAUGUGCGCUGCUUUUGCAAUGAUGAUUGCUUUCAUUCAGAGUAUUAUGAUCCGAGCUGUCCCAUCUGAUGUUGGUGGCAAAGGUAGCGGGAAUCCCUUGGUCUGAGACGAGGACGAGUUUAGGCCAUCAAGGAAGAAACUUCUAUACUUCGUUUGCCACAGUAAAAUUGUUGUUUGAGGAUAACCUACUUGUGCUAUUAUAUUUUUUUUGUAGGGAGCACUAUAGUUAAAAUAUUUGGAUUGCAUUGGACUGCUUUUUUUUUUUUUUUGGAUAAAACAACUUCUAAUACCUUAUGUUGGGACAUUUUAUCAGUUUGGUUAUGCAACUUUAAUUUCUGUUAUUUUAAUAUUUAACAUUUGUUUUAA